UUUUUAAUGUAGCUUUAUCAUGAGAUACUAAUUUAUAGCCAUCAUUUCUUUUAACAGGUUGAAGAAAUAUGGAUACCAUCACUAAACUAGGCACUAUUUUUGCCAGCUUUGUCGUCUUUCAGCUUCUUUUCCAUUUUGUAAGCUCUUGGUUUUCAGCAAAAAUUUCUCCAGGUUUUAAUAGUCUCAGCUGCGAAAAGAAGAUUGAAUGGAACUCAAGGGUGGUAUCGACAUGCCAUUCUUUAGUGGUUGGAAUUUUUAGCCUGUAUAAUUGCUUUUUUGAUGAGGCAGCUAUAGCUGAUCCGCUUUGGGGUGAUUCAGUGCUCGCGAAUGUGAAUAUUGCUGUUACUUCAGGCUACCUCAUUUCUGAUUUGUGGCUUCUCAUUUUCUACUGGAGAGCGAUUGGUGACAAACUUUUUGUAAUUCACCAUUUUACAGUGCUGUAUGCAUACCAAUUUGUACUGAAAGAAGGAGUACUGGCAUACAUUGCAAGUUUUCGCCUGGUGGCAGAGCUUUCCAGCCCAUUUGUGAAUCAGCGAUGGUUCUUUGAAGCUUUGAAGUAUCCAAAGUUUUCCAAAGCUAACGUAAUCAAUGGAGUACUCAUGACAGUGGUGUUUUUCAUUGUGCGGAUUGCUGUGAUACCUCCUUUGUAUUACUUCAUAUAUUCUGUGUAUGGAUCAGAACCCUACAUCAGGCUUGGAUUGUUAAUCCAGUGUUCCUGGGUCGGUAGUUGUGUUGUUUUAGAUGUAAUGAAUAUCAUGUGGAUGAUCAAAAUUACAAGGGGGUGCAUCAAAGUCAUCUCUCUCAUCAGACAAGAGAAAGCCAAAAGUCGUCUUCAAAAUGGAAAACUCAACUAAAAAGUGGGGUGUUGAUAA